GAAAUAAAAAUAGCAAAUGUUUGUGGUACAGCUCACGCAAUGCAAACGCAGCAUAUGUGAAAGCACUUUAGCGCGUGCGGCUCCUGUACCGGAUAGGCACCGCAACACUCACCGCAUAGGCUACGCACUGCAAACGGAGUAUGUGUGAAACGGGCGUCAUGCCACACGGGCGCUUCAUCGGCUGUUGUUAGUGUGGCACGUCUCCCACAAUUCAUUUGAGGGGUCAGCCAUGAGUGCGGAAGCCUUGAGCUGCACUAUAAAGUCGCCCGUCCCGCUGCAGAUUGGAGACCCUGUAUCUGAUUCAUCUCGCCCUGGCGUCUACAUAACAGACGUCACCCUCGCCGAGCCCGUGGACAUUCAGGAAAUCUCCUUCAAGAACUACUACACGGCAUAUCUGACGGUCCGUUUGCAGCGCCGCGAGGAGGGUUCUGCUAAGUGGGUUACUUGUUUGAGAGACCACUGCCUCAUGGCUAACCCGCACGCUGAGGCUGGGUCACAUGACUAUUUCUCCAUCCACAGACGACAGAUGCUGACGGAGCCUGACGCCGUGACCACAGUGAGACUCAUCCUGCGACAGCCCUCAUCAGAGUGGCACAAUUUCAGCAUUGAGGAAAUUAACAUUUACCCGUGUGCAAAAGAGGACUCGGAGCGAGACGUUCCUGCCUGGUUAUCCACUCUCACACCUGUAGAGGAACCUCUUGAUUUGAAUGGACUUCCUGAUCCCGAGGCGGUGUCCUCCAGCAUUCAGCAGAUGUGGGCGCUCACUGAGAUCAUGCAGGCGAGCCAGACUGCGGCUUCCAUCGGACGCUUCGACGUGGAAGGCUCUUAUGACGUCAAAUUACUGUCGUACACAUAACGUGAGGGCUGAAAACUGAACCACACUUCUUCAUCCGUUUCAUUCCCUGAGAUGAAACCACUUGCACUAAAAACGUUGUAAUCAAUAUUACAGUUACUAUUUAUGCAUGUUAUUUUAUUGUACAUUUUAGUUUUAAGAAUAUUUUAACGUUCAUGAAACUUUUAUGUAUGUAUACAUCUCAUAAACUGCAUGAAUGACUAUAAACCCGAUACGUUCAGGACUGUAUUAUGUGUAACAUGCACGACUGGAAAGGUUGUGGGGAGCCCGUAUAUUAAGUUGGCGUGUAAAUGAUUAAGAUUAUGUUUCUAUUUUACACAUUUGUGAUUCACAUUCAAUAAAAAUAGUCACCCAUGCGUA